UGCAGGGGACGACCAGAGAGACUGCGGACACAGUGCAGGGGACGACCAGAGAGACUGACUGCGGACACAGUGCAGGGGACGACCAGAGAGACUGCGGACACAGUGCAGGGGACGACCAGAGAGACUGCGGACACAGUGCAGGGGACGACCAGAGAGACUGCGGACACAGUGCAGGGGACGACCAGAGAGACUGCGGACACAGUGCAGGGGACGACCAGAGAGACUGCGGACACAGGGACGACCAGAGAGACUGCGGACACAGUGCAGGGGACGACCAGAGAGACUGCGGACACAGUGCAGGGGACGACCAGAGAGACUGCGGACACAGUGCAG